AUAGCUGCGAGCGAUGGCCCAUGUUUAUUUUAAUCCAAAAGCAAAAUCGAACGGGGUCCAUCUUUCGCUGCAAAAUGUCCGCCCUUGAUGCUGUGAGUCUCGGGAUAUCUGUGGUCAGUCUUGGUAUAGAAUGUCUCGGCGGCAAGAAGGCAAUUUUGGGCCUUGUCCGCUCAACAAACCAAAUCAAGGGCAUCAACCUAAGGAUACGGACCGAGUUGUUUAUGUGGAAAGAGAGGUUUAUACAACAAUGUAUUAAACUGCUUGCCGGUCUUAAAACCAAGGAGGAAGUGCAGGCAAUGUUUGUUGACGACAAUGUCGGAGAUUUAAAUGUUUGGCAAGAUUCUGCGUGGGAAUCUCAACUUAGGGCUCAUCUUGGUGAGAAUUUUGAGGCGGCGAUGAACGCAAUUGCAUUGUGCAUAUAUUCGUUCGGAGAUAUCCAAAAGGCUCUGGAGAAAACUAGCUCUUCCGGAAAGGGAAUUUCUUUUACGGAGUCGAAGCAAAUUGAACGCGAAGGGAUAAAAGACGACAUUUUGGCCUACCGAAAGCUUUCUCCUAUGACCAAAAGGCGGAUCGCAGGUAGCGAAGACCGCCUGCGACAACUCUUAGCCGAUCUUCGACUGCGCAUAGAAGAUUACAAUCACAUCGUCAACAAUAUCUUGCAGAGUCGGAAUACGGAAGCUGUCCCCCAACGUUCGAAAACAGUCCAUGUCAAUCAAAAAAGCAGUAUAGAAUUGUCGUCCGUAUCUGCCUUUCAACGGCACCUGAAUUGGCUACAUUCGGCUUUGGCGAAGACUGUCAAAUGUCACUGCCAUGGAUUCAAUCUACGCCUGGAAUUCGAGCGUGAUUCUCUUAGAUUGUCGCUUCCAACAAACUCAAAGCAUUCCCAGACUGUUGACCAUUCACCCCCUCAGCCUGUGUUCAGGCUGGUGGCCGUCUAUCAAGAAGCGCAAUCCGUCAUGGAAAGCAGAAUGGACGUUGAUGAAUACGAUUCGACCAAGAGAUCUAUGAUCGAAGCGUUGGAAGUCAAAUCGAGAAUGGUAUCUACUAUUAGGGCCCCCAAAUCAGCCUCGAAAGCCGAAGUCAUAACAACUUCCAGCUCAAAAUCAAAAAUGAGGAAGCGAGUUUCAUUCGUUUUCGAUACUGCAGACAUCUCUAGGAAACGCUCUUUGGAUAACCAAGAUUGCAGAGUACCACGUGGUUGUGCUGACCCAAACAUAGUUACAGCAAAGAUUGACAACUUAUGUACAUGUCUCUCAAGACUUUCGCCGUCUGAGACAUAUCUUGGCUAUGUGCCGGUGGACGAUCAGCACUUGUAUCUUUUUUAUCGGGCUUCAACAGUCGCACCGCGGUUUGAAGAGAGAUGUCUUCGAGACAUUCUGCAAUCAGAGGACAAGGCAACGUGCAUGAGAGUUCGAGACCGUCUGCAACUUGCCCUCACUCUCGCCGUCUCUUUGCUUUAUUUGCACUCUUCGCCUUGGAUUAAACAAAAAUGGCGCAGCCGAGAUGUGUUGCUGUUUCUAGAUGACAAAAAGAACUGGGCACCUUAUGUUUCCGCGAAAUUUCAUCAAUUUCACAAUGAGCAAGCUGGCACAGAAAACAUUUUCCGAAGCUCCAACAUAUAUAGCCUCGGGGUGAUACUCCUAGAAAUAGGGCGUUCGCAGCUUUUGAUUGAUCCAAAUUCUAGCAAAGGCAAUGGACGAGAACAGGAUGGCAACGACGAAAUGAGAGAAUUUCUCGCCGCUUUCGAUCAUGUUCAAGCAGGGUCAGUUUUCUCUGACUUAGGCCUUAGAUACCAGAAAGCGGUCCAAGCAUGCAUCUGGUGGGAUGGAGAUUUUGACCUGUCUAAUCGCGAGACCCAGAAACGUUUUUGUGAUCGAAUAGUCAGUGGGUUGGAACUUUGCCUCGCUAAUUUUGACGCCCAGUGAGUCUAUGUUGUUAGUUUUCCAUUCACGGCAUUUACGUGGUUUGUGGCUUCAUUUUAUGUUUAAGAGUGGUCAGCUCUAUAGUUUCCGUUACAUUUUUUCCCCUCAUGUUCGGUCAUCAAUCGGCUAUUUUCCUUGUCCUGCUUCAUAUUCUUCAUUUUGAUACUAUGAUGUUAAUCGCACGCUUAAUUUCCAACGAGAGAAUCUGCUUUCCCUCUUUCGUGUGGAGAACAGGCCC